GUGAACGAUAAGCGUGUGUCAAAGACAUAGGCACACUGGGAGCUGUAGUAGUUUCUCAACGACGGUGCAUUCUUGAUGAGGUAGAAGAUUUUGAUUUGAACACUCGUUACUAUCGCAUACUUGUCAAAUAAACACACGUUGCAUAGAAAUUGUGGUCUAUGAGAAAAAGUGCUUGCUUACUUUCACACAACAAGCACCAAUUGAUCAUCUCAAUAAGAGUAUAGGCAACUACCGCAUAAGAGAAACAAAAUGUCAGGCGGUACGGAAGCCUAUGUCUACGAGUUCUUGCCGAUCUACUAUGAUCGUUUCUUCCCCUUUGAGGAUCUGGUCGGAUGGAUGGGCGGCGAGGAGAAAAAUAAGAAGAGGGAGAUCGCAUUCCAGCUUCCACCGGAAAUCUAUAUCCGGUAUGCUAGUGAAUCAGCAAUAGUAAAUCGCCCGUGUUGCUGGUUAUUUUGCUCUGCUCGUAUUGUUCGCCUUUUAUGGAAAUAGACUGCCUUCUGGUUCUGAGCGCAAUUCUUAAGUAGCUUCAAAGUCGACGCUCGAGACGUAGGAUUCUUUCCAUCGUAUUUUAUGGAAACCCCGCCAAUUCAGAUUCCAGUCCUACCACACGGCGCAAGCGUGGCGGGAGGCCGUUAAAAAGAGUAAGCCAGACCGAAUGGAGAUAGGCCCCUUGUAUUCUCAAGAACCACGAAUGAAGGACGGCGUGCACAAAGACAUGUUUUUUGCAGAAGAACGCGAGCUCAUUUUCGACAUUGAUAUGGACGAUUACGAUGAGGUACAUUUUUAAAUAAUGUUUUUUUUUUGCGAUAUUGAUCUGGACGAUUACUAAUUAAUACGAUGAGGUACAUUUUUUUCGCAAUCGUAAACAUGUUCGAUAUUGAUAUGGACGAUUACGAUGAGGUACCUUCUAUGUGUAAUCGUAAAGGGAGGUGCUGGAGGAACAGACUACGAUAGUUCCAUUUUUGCGUACCUCUCUUAUCUUUGGUUGAUUAGUGUCAAAUUCUUGUCCUCCAAGCAUAUUUAUCCAUGUCGUCAACAAUUACAACCGUCCAGCCUGAAAAUAUUCGUAAUGCAUACAACUCCAGGUUCGUACGUGUUGCACCGGUGCGAAGAUAUGUAGAAAGUGCUGGGUUUUUUUGAAAGCAGCGAUGCUUCUUUUGGACCACAUACUGAGGGAAGAUUUUGGCUUCCAGCAUUUGAUGUUCGUUUAUUCCGGACGUCGUGGUGUGCAUUGCUGGGUGAGUGAUCCAGAGGUGAUGCGCCUCACGAACGAGCAGCGGUCUGCCAUUAUCGAGUACGUCAAUCUCUUCAAUUUAUGGCAGGAAAGAGUAUUCAUCUCCCUGACGAUUAUGUUGAUAACCCUGAUCUAGUAGAACAAGAGAAAAGAAGUAGGAACUGUACUUUAACAGCAUCUACUAUUGUUGUGAGUCUGUUCUCUACAUCAACUAGUUUCAUUUGGAGGACUUAUUUUAACCAGCUAAGGAGAAGCAGUUCUUCCCGUUCCUCUCGUUUCCUCCUCCUUCAACCUCCUUCAUCUUUGCUGCAAUCUUUCGGCGUCCAAGCAGUGAAGCUGGAGAAGAACAACGCAACAGUGCUUCAUCCGCAUGUGACGCGAAGCGCGAAGCUUCUCGAACCGCAUCUGCUCGAAAAGAUUCUGCCGGAGCAACGGCCCUUGAACCCUCCUUUAGCGGACAACAAGCACUUGAAGAUAAUAGAAGCAACGUUGCAGCGCGGGAAGAAGCCCGAGCUUGUGACCGAGUUUCAGUCACUUUGCUCGCGGAUAGAGCAAAAAAUGACGGGUAGCGAAGUGACGGGACAGUCAGUAGAGCAAGUGGCGUUAUGAAUGCAUCGCAGCUUUUUCAUUUGCCUUUACUUAUCUUCACAUCAUUCGCUUGCUAUUCUCUGAGUAGUUCUUGUUGAAUCUCAGUCUUUAUCUUAAAUUAAUUGGUUGACGUCAAUUAUAUUUUCAGCACUCUCACUACCAUUAGGCGGAAAAAAAUGGUAUAGUACCAGCGAAAUAUUUUUGCAAAAGGAGACUACUCCAUUGCCGCUUUAUAUAUCGUUGAGCCUAGUUAUGGCAGCCUUAACGCGUUAUUUUAGCAACACGUUAUAGAGCAGAAUGUUGAUAGCGCAGUACUACUAGAAUCCAACCAGCAUGCAUCUAUAACGCGUUGCUAAAAUAACGCGUUAUGCCUGUCAUAUUACUGGCUGUUGCCGACGAUGGUGUUGCUUAGGCGGGCAGGCCUCUAAUACGAAAUCAAGCUUCGACCGACAUCUACAGGCACAUUAUGAAUAAUGGAAAAAAAUUUUGAAGUUUGCUGCAUCCUUCAAGAUGACGACAACGCUGUACUCCAACAAGCGACAAAUCUUGAUGAUUUUCAGCCUUAGCACAGUAAAACGAGUGAUACUAAAAGUUCAUGCAAAAGUCUAAAAGUCGCCUUUCCUUUCUUUCCACUUCCCAUCUCCCUUCCCGUCAAGUACACCGUUCUUUCAUACCCUUCGAGAAGCUAAGCAAGAGUGAAGUAGGCGCGAAUAAACCGGAGAGCGAAGCGCUACAAUAUUUAGCCGCGGAAACUGCACUGAGACUUCUUUUUCCCAGGUUGGAUGCGAAUGUGACGAAACAGCUGAAUCACUUAGCGAAGAGUCCCUUCUGCAUACAUCCAAAGACCGGACGCGUGUGUGUCCCGAUUGUCGACCCAAAGUUAAGGGCUAGAUUUUGCAAAUCGAAAUUAUAUAAAUAUUGACUUUAGCGAGUAUUAAGUAAGCACAUCUACUAGGACAGAGAACAUCAUGAUGGCAAACGCAAAAAGUCCCAAACGGAUGAUUGAUUUCCCGUACAAGAACUAGAAGUUCGUUAAGAUUGGGAACGAGAACUUCAUGUACUUACUAAAAGGCCUUACAAGACCAGUUCUAACAAAAACUUUCGAUUUCGAGACCGUGCCGACACUAGGCCAGCUGAUCGACGAGAUAAAUGCAGGUGGAAAGGUAAAUUCGCUGGAGCCAUACCUAAAAUGGUUCCACACUUACUGCGCUGGACUAGAGAAAGCGCGCGCGGCCUUCUCAGCGGCAAACAACUCGAUGGACAUAGAUUGAUAGGGACAGAGGGCUUUGUGAUGUUGUGCUGUGACGAGAUGGAUUACUGUUUUUCCGUCUAGAUACUCAUCACUGGCUUUCAUCGUUGGGAGGUCUCUGAGUCGCACACUUCAUUGUUGGGAGAAGUUCUUAAUCUUACGUCAUUGUUUGUGAUGACAGUUCUCGCUUCCUCUGCUUGUCCUCGGACCGCUUUCAGGACUGUUUCAUCUCGCUAAUGGUUGAGAAUAAUCAAUUGAGAUGCACUGAAGAUGAUGAUUUCCAGGGACAAGAGAUGGGGCGCAUAAUAUGGUUGUGUUGAAUGAAGACUGCCCGUUCUGAGUAGUCCUUUGGAGAAUCCUGGCAUUCAGAUAUCAUGAAAACGCAGGUGUGCUUUUGUUACGGUUGACGUGUGU